CAAAUUUGGGCUGACUAAAGCCCAAUCAAAAUAAAUUGGAGGCCCAAGCUCAAAAGUAGGCAAAGAGAAAGAAAACGCGAGAGGCAUAUUGGCUUGGUUAUUGCUAAAACGACAGCAGGAGGAAAGAUGGCAACCACAGCUUGUUUUAUCAUAGUAAGCAGGAAUGAUAUCCCUAUAUAUGAAGCUGAAGUUGGAUCUGCCGCUAAAAGAGAAGAUGCUGCUCAGCUGCAUCAAUUUAUAUUACAUGCAGCUUUGGAUAUUGUUCAGGACAUGGCUUGGACCACUAGUGCCAUGUUCUUAAAAGCAAUUGACAAGUUUAAUGAUCUGGUGGUAUCAGUUUAUGUUACAGCUGGUCAUACACGGUUUAUGCUACUUCACAAUCCUCACAAUGAUGAUGGAAUCAAGAGCUUUUUUCAGGAGGUUCAUGAGCUUUAUAUAAAAAUUCUUCUUAAUCCCCUCUACUUGCCUGGUUCCCGCAUUACAUCUUCACAUUUUGACACUAAAGUUCGCGCGCUUGCGAGAAAGUAUCUCUAGAUACUAUUUUGCUGUUGGAUACAAUCACUUGCAUAACGAUAUGAAUCUAAACUAAGCUUCAAAGUUCGGCUCGAGUUUUUGAUGAUUUGUAAAUCUUUUUGACUCAUUUGAAAGGCACUAUAUGAGUAGUAGAUCUUGAUGAUGGUGAACACACAUUUUAUAAUGUAUAUCAGUAAUUAUAUACAUUAGCAUGAAAAAUUAGAAUUAAGCUGGAUUUUGUUUAUCGACUGCUAUGCUAUCAUUAAUUUGCAGAGAUCA